AUGCACCCAUUCAACCCAAAGAGACUUCCGUUUAGUAAUAACACUCCAUACGUGAGUAGCCAUGAGCGCUUUAUUAACAUCACCGAUACGUUGGUUCAUGCUUAUCGGCUAAGGGGUAAAAGUAUUUGGGCCUGCAAGGUGCCGUCGGCCUGCUGUUGGACUUGGAGAAAAAUUCUUCAGCUGCGUCCGUUGGUGAGAAGCUACUUUUGGACCGAAAUUGGGAAUGGCUCUCACAGUUCAGCUUGGUUUGAUAAUUGGUGCGAGUUAGGGCCUCUAGAGCAAUUUUUCUCGCCUCGUCUCAUUGCAAAUGCGGGUUUUCAUAUGCAUUCUAAGGUGUCCGAAGUCUAUUCGGAUAAUGGUUGGGGAUGGCCGCUCGCGUGGAGGGAGGUUUGCCCAGCUCUAGAUCAGAUUGAUCGGGUUUCUCUACAACCGAAUAAAUCUGAUAAAUUUUGGUGGCGGCAUGGGAAUGAUAAGCUUGAUUUCUCGUCUUCUCGUGUGUGGGAUUCGAUUAGACAUCGUGAAGAUCCAGUUAAUUGGUGUGGUAUUGUGUGGUUUAGUCAAUGUAUCCCGCGUCAUGCUUUCUUAAUGUGGCUGGUUAUGAAGCGAAAACUUCUUACGCAAGAUAAAAUAUUGAGCUGGGAUAUUUCUCGAAGAAAGAACAUGAAUAUGUUGUGUUGUUUACUUUGUUACGCGAACCAUGAUUCUCAUCAUCACUUGUUUUUUGAAUGCAAGUUUUCGGCCCAAGUGUGGAGUUUGGUUAGACCUAAAGUUGGCAUGGAGCUAGUUCAGCCGAAGUGGGAGGAAAUUGUCAAUUGGCUGCAUGAUCGGGUCAAGUCUAAAGCAGCUAAGGACUAUGUUGCGAGGCUUUUAGUAGCAGCGACUACUUAUUUCAUUUGGCAGGAGCGUAAUGCUAGGCUUUUUAAGAAUCAAUUGCGGCCCCCGGAAGCGAUAAGUGAACUCAUCACUCAACAAGUUCGAUAUAAACUCAUGGGAGCCAAGCUGAAAGAUUGUGCAAAUGUUCGAAGGUUGCUAGGGGACUGGGAGAUAAAGAGUGCCGAAAUGAAGGAAGAUGGCAGCUAG